AUGCUGCGAAUUCCACAGAUGGCGAUGGUGCCAGUUGAAACAAAAAGCAAGUUAUCCAUUCUUACUCUGGCCGGAAAAGAACAACCGCUGUCAAGGUCGCCAGCUGCGUGCGCACGUGCACCUGCACACCAGCGAACCAGGAUCGUGCGCUCACGUGCUCGCGUGUAUGCGUAUGCCAAGCGUAAACACAUGACAACCAUCUCGUGGCGAUGGCGCGAUGGUAGCAGAGAUAAUUGUGGGUAUGUGCUAUUCUCUGUUCGUGUGUGUGUAUUUGUGUGUGUUUGGCCUUGGUACUCUCACCGGACUUUCAUUUUAUGCAUGAACUCUCGCCUGUACCGCUGUUCCCACAAAAUGAAUGCCAACAUGAUGGAAAGGCGGAGGAAGGUCACAGAGGAGUUGAUUAGCCAGAUAGAGGGAUGCCUACCGGACCGGCUCUUGAGGGAACAAUUCUCCGACCUCUAUCAUCCCAUUCCUGCUCUCGUGCCGCAAAUCUCCGGACACUCCUCCUUUCGUACAGUCUGUUCAUCGACAACUUCCAAAAAGGCAACGUUUGAUUCUCCCAACUCUGCACUGGAAAAUAUCCCACCCAUGAAUAAAAAUUCACCUCAAACUUCGAUCAAGGAUGCAGAAACAAACCACUUAAACAAGGGCGGUGGUCCCGAUGAAGCGAGUCUUUCAAACACAGGAGAAUUGUCCUCCUACGUUCCCAAGGCCAGUGACUUGGAGCCGGGGGUUAACUGGCGACUGCUACAGCAAAUUCGCUCCCGGAAUGCCUCAAAAUUUGCACAGUCAAAUGAGAAGAGAGGUCUGCCCUCCGCCAGUCACGCCUCGCCUCUCAAUGAGGCGCAGUACCUGGACAAGUCCUCAGCAGUUACCGCCUUCACGACGAAGUCCAUUCUUACUAGGCCAAGCAUAGGCGAAAACAGGGACUUGCUGGCUGAGGACACCAGGUCACGAGCUCGAUCCCUGACCAAAAAGGCGACCAAUGAAAAGGGGGAAAGAAGACCUUCUCAACAAAGACGAAAUCUUCACGAUAGCCAACUGAUAGCCAAAAUCCGCACUCAAAAACCCUCGGACUGCCUUUCAGAGCGGCAACUGAAUGGCUACAGGUCUCUACAACGACGCCUGGAGUACGAUCCCCGGGCCUCCGUCGCGAAGGAGCGCCUCAAAUCCAAAAUAUGGGAAAAUCGCAACAACAAUGCCGAUGGAAGUUGUGCAACACCUACCUCAAAUAGGGAUGGUGAAGUUGGGGAGGCAGCAAAAGCGAAGGCGACCGGGAGGCAGUCUUCCAUUGACUCCAAGGUGCAAUCCCCACCGGGUCAGAGGAAACUUAUAGGCGUGACCCAGAGGACUGAUUCUCCAGCGCCUCGAUGUAAAUCAUAUUCGGACGCAGCAGUAGAAGUAAUCAGUCAGAAGUUGGAUCGACUGGCUAAACACGUGAUACACCUUCGAAGGCUCGUAGAACGUGACUACUCGGAGGUGGGCUACUGCUCUGCCGGGGAUGACAUUUACGCGGAUGAGGAAGUGGGCGCUGUGAGCAACGGCAGGCCUACUGGCAUGCAUCCUUCCAUUGCCAGCUCCCUACGCAGCAUCCGCCUUCUUGAAGCUAAUGUUCAGGAAAUCUUUGACUUGCUCUAUCUCGACGAAGCUCGGAUCUGGUCACCUUUAGGAUUGGAAAACCAGUGA